UAUCAGAAAUAUUUGAUGCCUUUAAAUCUAGUAUAAAAAACAAGGUAAAAACAAAAUUUGUUAAACUUUUCCAACUUAAACAAACGUAAUCGCUAUUUUUUCCUAUUUAAAUACGAUUAGCAGUUGACUCUACCUGGCAACUGCAAGGCCCAGCCCACACAUUGUUUCCGGUUUUUUUGUGGUUGUGCCUCUUCUGUCUUCUUUCAUUUCUCCUUCUCACUUCUCAUUCCUCAAUAUCAAAACAUCUGUUAGUGUUACAGUGGCGGCUAAAUUAUAGCCGUUGUUGCAGUAGCUGUAUACAGACAAAUUUGACGUAGACACUGCGACACUGAUGCCCCCUGAUGCUUCAGGGUUAAGGCUAUCUGACAAUCAUGAACUGCACCAUGAAGCCUAUUGGGUACAUGAAGUCUCUUUUUCACUAUAAGAAUGGGACUCCUCGGCAAUCUUCUCUAUGUGAAUCUGCUCGUGGGAUCCUCGUUAUUGAGAAAAGUGUCUUUACAAAUCCAGAGCACUCUCUAGAAGGCCUUGAGGAAUAUUCUCAUGCUUGGAUAUUAUUUAUCUUUCACAAAAACAACAAUCCUCACUCGAAGGCUAAAGUGAAGCCGCCUAGACUGAAUGGGCGCAGAGUAGGUGUAUUUGCAUCCAGAUCUCCAUAUAGACCCAAUAAUGUUGGACUAUCACUUGUCAAGAUUGAAAAAGUUGAAGGAUCCUCUGUACAUGUGUCAGGCAUCGACAUCCUUGAUGGAACCCCUGUUGUGGACAUAAAGCCCUACAUCCCAGAGUAUGAUGCACCGAAACAGAGAGAACAAAAUGAAAAUUGUUUAAACAAAUUUGAACCUCCUGAUUGUUCUGAAGAACCCAUGACUGUUGAUUCUAUUCUUCCCACAGUUUUGGAGACAACGCUUGCUCCUUCUGAAAGUAUUGUAAAUGCUGAGAAAUCUCUCUCAAGUAGCAGUGUUUUCAAUGAGGAGAUAGACAGUCAAAGCUUUCAUAUUGGUGACAAUAGACAAGUGAUAUGUGAGUCUCAAACUCAAAGCGACAAAUGUGAAAGAGCUUCACCAGACUGCCGGGGAGACUCUGAACCUGAAAGUGUUCGUGCUCUCACUGAAGGGUUUUACUCUAUGUCAGCUGCUUUAGAGAAAGCAGAGCAUAAGCUGAGCGGUGCUACCAGAUGUGACACCUCAGUCGGUGAAUCAGUUACAGACACGUUGUGUGCUUUGGACUCCAGUCUGGAUGCAGGUCGAGAGUCGGAACAGGAUGCUGAGGAAGAAGAUAUCAGUCUCUUAAUUGGCAAUAUUAUUUCACAAGCAGCUCUUGAUCUUAACAACAUUUGCCCCUCUCCACAAGCAUCGGUGCAUGAAGCAUCAGGUCCUGUUUCUCAGUCUCCUUGUGAAAAGGUUCUUUCUGGAACGGAGACUCCUAGUACAGAGGGUGGUAGUAAAAAGUCAGAUAAGUGCUCCCAAGACACAACUCCUGUACACUCUAAGUCAAAAUCUGGGAAAGCCAAAUCAUGUUCAAGGCAGUACGAAACCACUACAACGUUGUCUAAGGGAUGUGACUCUGUGAAAAGCAAGGAGGACAAUAUUUCCACAGUUGUUGCCCCUUGGUUGAAAAAGCCACCAAUUCCUCAGUUGACUGUCUCCUUCACAACCGAGGCUCUGCAACAAAUGCAGCUGUUCAGCCCACAGUCUGCAGACCCUAAUUUCCGUCUUCAGAUGAUUACAGGACCUGAGGAAGCCAGGAAAUCUAUUUCUGAGAUAUUGCAGGAAGAUCCGCGUUCAGUGUACAGAAGAACUCACUGCUCUGACAGUCUUUAUUUCUUUGCUGUGGAUGUUCUUCACGUGACAUGUUGGUUUGAUAAAGAACUUUCUGCACAGGUUGUACGUGUGCAGCCAACAGCCUUUGCGUCAAAACUUAAAACUGUGGAGAGAACAUUCAAUCACAACAGUAAGAGAAAAAGUUAAUAACAGCUUUUCCAAGAUUAUUUUGUCAGUGGACACACCCACUUGUAUGUGUUUACUAAUGUUUUGGUUAGUGAAAGAGCUGAGUGAAAGAAGCAGAAGUGAGGAAGAUGAUAAAAGCUUUGAUGUGUGGGCGAAAGAGUUUGUGUGUUCAUGUAUGUGUGGCAUACUGAAGAAAUCAGGCGCUCUUCAAAAUAAUAAAGUGAACAAAAA